CCUAUCAAAAAAAUUUAAAAUUCAAUUUUGAAAAUCCUUCAUUCAAAAGUUUAAUGUUUACAAUACGUUCUGGAAUUUUUUAACUAAAAAAAAGAGCUUGCUGAAAUCACCCAUGGCCAUGCAUUACUGGGACAAACGUACAAAAGGAGCUACAAACGAACAUUUGAGAAAAGUGUAUAAUAUUCCUGUUCAAACGCCAAAAAGUAGAGGCGAGGUAAGGAGACACAAUUGUCUCAGUUCAGAAACCAAAAGUGAGGGAUAUCUGAGAGGUCAAGCCUCUAAUUCCAGGCCUAUUACGAGACGAAAUCCUACUGUAACUCCCAACGAAACAUUACCUACUAGAUCAUUCUCGGCAGGUUCUUCAAGAAGAAAUGAGAAAAUGUUUAGGAUAAGACAUAAAAAGCGUGUUUCGUUAUCUAGCACGAAAAGUAAUGAUACGGAAAUUGAAAAUAUUACAGAAAAACAAGAAGAACUUGACUGUAGCGAAAAGGAGGUUCAUCAGAAAGUUCACAAUCCAAAAAUGGACGAUAAAAAAGACGUAGAAGCAAUAUCUAGCAGAAGUUUUUUGAAAACCAGUACCGAAGAUCACCAGUACUUACUGUUUCUCCUCAGAAUCACUGAGGAUAUUAUAGUAAACGAUUUUUACUCAAACAACGAUAUCAAGCAAGUAUUCAGACUCCAUAUAGAGGCCAAUAAACAAAGAUUAGACCUGCAAAAAAUGCGCUUUCAUAUCUCCAACCUGUGCAAAGAGCUGAACUUAACUUGUCCAGAAUAUGAGCUACCCCCGAAAACCGAAGCCGAUUUAAACACAAGCAAACCUCACGCGCUUUACUUAAACAACCAAGCGUUUAGGAACUGCGACGAAUGUUCGAUGUUGAGAAGUUCUUCGCUUCACAAAAUCCACUCCUUGGGAAACCAAUUUAUGGGAGGAGAUGGGCCUUUACAAGAAAAUGACGCAGAAAAUAAUAUUGCUGUCAGUCCUAGUCUGUUGAAAGUGCUCGAAAAAUUAAGCUUGAGUAGGGUGAGUGAAUGUACUGAACCCGUACCUUCGACUAGUACUGUAGAUUCGCCUCACACGAAAGACGAAUCGAAGAACUGUCGAGAUUUUGAAAUAACACCGUUACUAGAUUUCGAUGCGUUUGUGGAAAAGUUAAAUUCUAACGAGGUGAUUGCAGAAAAUUUAGAGAUUGAAAAUGUUUCAAGCACCCAUUUUCCAAAACUAGAAACUCCAUCUAGAGAAAGUAACGUCACAAUAACCCAGGAAAACCAAACGGCUCCAUCAAAGGACAGCAACAUUACAAUUAUUCCAGAAAACGGAACAGAAUUUUUGGAAAACUUAAGUAACAUAACAUCCACACCAAAACUGGAAACCUCCAAAACUGUUGUGGUUGAAUUCAAACCAGUGGAAGACGAAAUCAUAGAAUUACCUGAAGAACCCAAACCACCAAUUGCAAAAACAAUUUCAAAUUCAACACAAAAAGAAAUCUGUGAUACGGGAAGGACUAGUUCAAAUAAACCAGAAUCUGUGGUUUCAGUGACUGUACAAAGUAUCGAAAGUCACACUUCAAAAAAAGAUAGUGCCAUCAUCAUAGAAAAAAAUGAUAAAAAGCCUGAAAAUGAUGAUAUUAACGAUGAGCACUCUGUAAACUGUUUAUAUUUAAACGUAAACUUAUGCAAAGACUCAGAAAAAGAAAUACUUUUAUCUGGGCGCUCUUCCAAUGUUCCUGAUCAAAAUUCUUCAUUAAAAAGCAUUUCUCUAAGUCCGUCCUUAGUACAAUGUCCGACUUUACCAGAAAUACCAACGGAGUCAAACCAAGAAGAAACAUCUAUACAGAUAAUUCUGAAAGGUAAUUUCAAAGAUGAAGAUUUUGUUAUGAUAAAAGGCCCAGUAUAUAUUCUGAAAGCUCUGCUUGAUACACAGCCACCUUUGGUUAUUUUUAAUAAAGGAAGUAAUGAAAACACACAGAGAAGAAGUAGUGUUCAGUCAGAGGCUAGUAACGCUAGUCACAGGACUUUUACCAUGGACUCCAGCCACCACGAAGGAGUUCCUGUCAUUGAUCCUAUAGGUGACGCUGGAUUUGCGUUUGACUUUAACCUACACUCACUAGAUGACGAAAAUUCGAUCGAGAAUAUUCUAGAACUCACUAGAAGGACUUACAGACAAUUUAUCGACUCGAAAUUGUUGAAUUCUGACUACGACCUCACUCCACAAAAAGACGAUAACGACAAUAAGUACCAUCACUUGCUCGUCGAUGCCAGUUCGAGUGUUUCUGGUGUGAACUUGGCCGAAAAUUUGUUGUUGUCUAACGAUUAUUUGGUGAAAAAUAACAGCAAAACCUCGUCGGUGCAGGUUAAUGAGGAAUCGGCUAAAAAUAUAGAGAAUUAUGCUAGACCUGAGCCCAAGCAAGUGAAAAUACGUGAGAGUAACUACGUGAAUAGGUUUGGGGCGUUGUCAAAUCAGAAUGUUCCUAACGUUAUAAGAAAUGAUAAAUUUAUUUUGAACGUUCCUCAAGUUAAGACUAUCGAAACUGUUGACGUAGCUUCACAGGAUUCUUCUUUGGUGUCUGAAGGAGAAACAGCUAUCAACUACCAAGCCGUGUUAGAUCAAUUAAAUAAAUAUUGUAAAUAAAACUAUAGUCAUAUUAAA